AUGAACUUCCUAAAAAACAAGCCACGAGCUAGACGGAACUCUGCAAGCAUUAUGGUCAGCACAGAAAGAUGGCGGCACUACAGUCGGAAAAUGUCUCGUCGUGGUCAGGAACUGUUUGAUUACGAUGUAGAUGAUUAUGAACCAACGCAGCACAACAAAGAAAAUAAGAACUGGGUAGAAGAACUAUUUGAAAGGAAAAGCGAUGCAGAAGAAAUAGAACAAGAUAUUGAAAUACGACUGACGAAGAAACAAACCCUAAUCCUGUCUACGUUGGUUCCAGAUGAAAUUCUUUUGAUGGACAAGUUCAACACUGUAGACGCAAAGCGAUUUGUUGGCGUCCUACUCAUGGCUGACGUUUCAGGUUACACAGCGCUAUCAGAACGGUAUAAUAAUACUGGAAAAGGUGGCACUUACAGAUUAACUGCCACCCUGAAUACAUACCUCGGCUCCCUCAUAGAGCUAAUCUACGGCCAUGGAGGCGACAUCAUAAAGUUCGCGGCACUUGAAAUAAAAAGAAUAGAACGCACUGAAAUAGAAGAAUGGGGAGAUGAAGAAUUACAAUUUCCAGAACCUGCACUACUACACCCGCAAGCUUUGGAUGGCAACGAUCAGGACACUCUCGACAAACUAAUAGAAAACGAUGCCAAGGAAGAUAUAGAAGAAGCCAUCGAUAUAUUGCAAUUCGCUUUAAGAACAGGACAAGAUCACAUGACGUACGAAAGUGAAAAUUGGUAUCAUGCACUGUGCAUAGAUCUGAUACUGGAUGCAGGAUUUCAACUUGAAUCGCCACAAGAUAUAAGUCGAUUUGCCGAAUAUUCUAUUUGCAGGGGUAAAUCCGCGGGACCUAGUCGUAGACGACUAGUGGUAGGGUUAUGGACCUAUUGGCUGAGGGCCGAUUCAGAUAGGAGAGCAAAACGUUUCGAGAAUGAAGCACUCAGCUGGGCAUCCCAUGAGGAAGAUAGUUCAUUAGUAAAUCUGUUUAGUGCAUUGAGACUCGCAGAAGGAAUGCUCGAGAGCUUAGCUAGAAAAGUGAAUGACUUAAGAAAGGUUGUGGAUCUAAUGGAGUUACGUUCGGUAGCCGACAGAGAAUUAGCUCGACUGGAGAAUGAUGCCCGCUUGCUACGCGCUGCCUUUCCUCGCUGGUGCCUUCUUAAAGCGAACUCAUCAAUGCUUUCUGGCCGAAACGUUGCAGCUAAUACCUUAUACAAUCAAGCUUUAGACGAAGCAAUCAAAAUCAACAACCGACUCGAUGAAGGCAUGGUACGCGCAGCAAAAUCCAACUCUUUGCUAUGGAUACAAAAUGCCCGCACAGGACAGUUCGUGCAUUGGCGUGAGGGAGUCACAAUUGCCCGCUCUUCUUGGCACCAAAUCAUGUACAGAAUGUCAACCACAAGACAGUGA